AUGCUGGCACAGCCUGGCCCGGAGGGCUCUGGGCACCUCACAGUUUCCCCACCUGCAAAACGGUGCCUGAACGACACCCACCUUGCUGCACCCCGGCAGGGAGUUCCCUUGCCCUGGGGGACCCCCGAGGGGGGGGGCCGAGGUCCCAGCAUGCAAUGUGCUCCGCCCCCAGCACGGGGUCUCUUCGGACCACUGCCAACCUGCCUUGCCAGGGCCUCAGGCGGGCUCCAGGCACAGGCGGCCCGGAGCCUGGCCCGGCCGCGCACCACCAAGGACAGGCCGCAGGUCCAACCCCAGCUCCCCCAACCCAAGCGCAGGCCACGCCCCCACCCGCCCAGGCCGCCAAUAAAACAGACCAGGCAGAACCCAACAGGCCCGGCGGCGGAGACACCCCAGAUGGUACAUCAUGGGGACCCAGGAGGGUCCAGGAGCCACUCCCACCAGCACGUGGACCCUCAAACGCUCCCGAGUAGCUCCUGCGGCAAAGGGGGCCCACAGACAGGAGGGACCAGUGGGCAGAGGCUCCUGGCGGCGGGGGACACUGGGUCCCCAGGCUGGCCGCCCUCCCAGCCCCUCCUGGGACCUGCGAAGAGAGGCCUAACCGUCCCCCCUGGGGGCGUCCUGUAG